CGUGAAGUGUGAACAUCGAAGGAACAAGUGAUGGAAUUUUAGGAAAUUGAAAACAAGCACAAAGCAUCGGCAAGGGGUCCCGAAACAGCAAAAUGCCUCCGAUGUUAUCAGAACAAGUUGUUACACCCAAUGUUUCAUUGGAUGAACAACUGAGACAGACAAUGAGGGAAAGAAUCAUGAUAUUUGAUGGUGGGAUGGGAACCAUGAUUCAGCAACACCGCUUUGAAGAAGAAGAUUUCCGAGGUUCAGAGUUCAAAGACCACCCAAAAAGUUUGAAAGGAAACAAUGACAUCCUGUGUCUUACAAAACCAGAUAUAAUUUACCAGAUCCAUAAAGAUUAUUUAGAGGCAGGGGCCGAUUUUGUGGAGACCAACACAUUCAGCGGCACAAGGAUUGCCCAGGCAGACUACGGCACAGAGGAUCUGACAUUUCGCCUCAACUUUGAAGCAGCCAAGAUUGCCAAAAGGGCAUGUGGAGAUGUUGCUAAUAAUACAGGUGUGGCCAGGUAUGUGGCUGGAGCCAUGGGACCAACAAACCGGACAUUGUCUAUAUCUCCCUCCGUGGAAAGGCCGGAGUUCCGUAACGUCACUUUUGAUGAGCUAGUUUCAGCCUACACAGAACAGGCCCGUGGUUUGUUGGAAGGAGGAGCUGAUGUUUUGCUGGUGGAAACAAUAUUUGACACAGCUAAUUCUAAGGCAGCAUUAUUUGCUAUUGAAGAAUUGUUUGAAAAAGAGAAUAGAAGUUGUCCAAUUUUUGUCUCGGGUACAAUCGUGGACAAGAGUGGUCGUACACUGUCAGGACAGACAACAGAGGCGUUCAUCAUCAGUGUGUCCCAGGCCAAUCCCAUGUGUCUGGGCCUCAACUGUGCUCUGGGUGCCCUGGAGAUGAGACCAUUCAUAGAGGCAGUCAGCAAAAACACAGAGGCCUAUGUUAUAUGUUACCCAAAUGCAGGUCUGCCUAACACAUUUGGUGACUAUGAUGAAACUCCAGAGAUGAUGGCAGGUCAGCUGAAGGAGUUUGCCAAGGAUGGUCUACUGAACAUAGUUGGUGGCUGCUGCGGAACUACCCCAAAACACAUACAGGUGAUUGCACAAGAAGUAGGGCAGUACAAACCCAGAGUCCCUCCUGAGGGCCUCCGGGAUGAAUACAUGUUGCUGUCGGGUCUGGAGCCAGCCUAUAUUGGGCCCUAUACCAACUUCGUCAACAUUGGAGAGAGAUGCAAUGUGGCAGGGUCACGCAAGUUUGCCAAGCUCAUCAAAAAUGGAGAUUAUGAAGAGGCGCUGUCUAUAGCCAAGAUGCAGGUAGAGAGUGGGGCCCAGAUCUUGGACAUCAACAUGGACGAGGGUAUGCUGGAUGGGCCUUCUGCUAUGACAAAGUUUGUCAACCUCGUUGCAUCAGAACCUGACAUCUCAAGGGUGCCUCUGUGUAUAGACUCGUCCAACUUUGCUGUGGUGGAGGCUGGGCUGAAGUGUGCCCAGGGCAAGUGUAUAGUCAACAGUAUCAGUCUAAAGGAGGGUGAACAGGACUUCAUCGAUAAGGCAAAGAAGGUCAAGCGUUACGGGGCUGCCGUCGUCAUCAUGGCCUUUGAUGAGGAGGGACAGGCGACAGAUAGUCAGCGGAAGUUUGAGAUUUGUAAAAGGUCAUAUGAUGUUUUAGUCGACAAGGUCAAAUUCAACUGUAAUGACAUCAUCUUUGAUCCAAAUAUACUCACCAUAGCUACGGGCAUUGAGGAACACAACACCUACGGAAUCGAUUUCAUAGAGGCCACGCGAGAAAUAAAGAAACAUUUACGAGGGGCCCGUGUGAGUGGUGGGGUGUCCAACUUUUCCUUCUCUUUCCGUGGUAUGGAGACAGUGAGAGAGGCUAUGCACAGUGUGUUCCUGUACCACGCUAUCAAGGAAGGUAUGGACAUGGGGAUUGUGAAUGCUGGGUGUCUACCUGUGUACGAUGACAUCAACAAGGAACUGCUGGAAAUGUGUGAAAAUCUUCUGUGGAACAAGGACCCCGAAGGCACCGAAAAACUACUUGUAUAUGCUCAGAGCAUGAGUGCGGACGCUAAGAAGGGUGUGGUCAGUGACGAGUGGCGGUCUAAUCCAGUGGAGGAGAGACUCUCCUACUCUCUCAUAAAGGGUAUAGACAAGUUUGUAGUGGGUGAUACGGAGGAGGCGAGAACAAACACAGAACUGUACCCUAGGCCACUCAACGUGAUCGAGGGCCCACUCAUGAAGGGUAUGAGUGUGGUGGGAGACCUGUUCGGGGCGGGGAAAAUGUUCCUGCCCCAGGUCAUCAAGUCUGCUCGUGUCAUGAAGAAGGCGGUGGCUCACCUCAUCCCAUUUAUGGAGAAAGAGCGACAGGCAAAACUGGCUAUAACGGGAGAGAUUGAUAACAUGGCAGAUGCCUAUGUGGGGACAGUUGUCUUGGCAACAGUGAAGGGAGACGUCCAUGACAUCGGUAAAAACAUCGUAGGUGUUGUACUCGGCUGUAACAAUUACAGGGUAAUCGAUCUAGGAGUGAUGACACCAUGUGAAAAAAUCCUUGAAACUGCAAUGAAAGAGAGAGCAGAUGUCAUUGGUCUGUCGGGUCUGAUCACGCCCUCCCUGGACGAGAUGAUAUAUGUAGCCAAAGAAAUGGAAAGGAUUGGCAUGCAGCUUCCCUUGUUGAUAGGUGGCGCCACCACUUCAAAAACCCACACAGCUGUAAAGAUCGCACCUAGAUACAAAUCUCCAACCAUCCAUGUACUGGAUGCUUCUAAGAGUGUUGUUGUGUGUUCAUCACUGAUGGACGGUGUGAACAAGGAGGAUUAUUGCGAGGAGAUCAGUGAGGAAUACGAGGAGAUAAGGGAGGAACAUUAUGACUCGCUCAAGGAGAGGAAGUAUCUCAGUCUGGAGCAGGCCAGGGCAAAAAAGUUGGUGAUCGACUGGAACGUUGAGCCUGCACCUGUCGCCCCGUCUUUCAUUGGAGUUAAAACGUUUGAGAACUAUGACCUAUCAAGACUCAUCCCUUACAUCGACUGGAAACCCUUUUUUGAUGUCUGGCAGCUCCGGGGAAAAUAUCCAAACAGAGGUUAUCCAAAAAUCUUCAAGGACAAAACUGUGGGAGGGGAAGCUAAGAAGGUAUACAAUGAGGCCCAGGCCAUGCUGAAGAAGAUCUCGGUAAACAGAAGUCUGAAGGCUCAUGGAGUGGUGGCGUUCUACCCGGCCAACAGCAUCGGUGAUGAUAUUGAGGUGUACAACGAAAACGGAGAUGUCAUUGGGGUACUGCGUGGCUUACGACAGCAGGCCAUGAAGGAAUCCAUGGACAAGAGCCCGUACCUGUGCCUCUCUGACUUCGUGGCUUCGAAGGAAUCAGGUGUGACAGACUACAUCGGGUUGUUUGCUACGACAGCUGGCAGUGGGGUGGACAAAAUGUGCAAGGAAUUUGAAGAGAAGUUUGAUGACUACAGUAUUAUCAUGGUGAAGUCUAUAGCUGACAGAUUAGCAGAGGCCUUUGCCGAGGAGCUUCACGAGAGAACGAGGAAGGAGUUCUGGGCUUACUGUCCCGAAGAGGAGCUUGAUGCUCAGGGUCUUCACAAAAUCAAAUACCAGGGAAUCCGUCCUGCUCCAGGCUAUCCCAGCCAACCAGAUCACACAGAGAAAAAUGUUAUGUGGCAACUCCUUCCCGCAGACAAAGUGGGGAUAACUCUGACAGAGUCUUUAGCCAUGGACCCUGCAGCUUCUGUAUCUGGACUUUAUUUUGGAAACCGGAAGGCUUCCUAUUUUGCCACUGGAAAACUUCAAAAAGACCAGAUCAUGGACUAUUCCCAAAGGAAGCAAAUGCCAGUGUCUGAGGUUGAGAAGUGGCUUGGAUCUGCUCUGGCCUACGACCCAGAGUAAAGUCGUCUCCAUAUCUCCGGGCAGUGUUAUAACUACCAACAUCAUUGUCACUUGUUUGGAAUUAAAUGCACUACGGAUGUUGAAAGCUUCAUGAUGUGAACAUACCUUAUUUUGUAAUGAUCUCAUUGCUGCCAAACUAUCCUGAUAUGAAUACUGCAUAUUAAAAUAUGUUCAUGAUAACAUCAAUGAUGUCAUUUCUUGUUAAAGUGUAAUUAUACAUUAAACCCAGCAGUCAAAUAUCAAUAUAAACAACUAAAAGUUCUAGUAUGCUAUGAUUGAUUUAUAUUUUCUCACAUUAAGGUUAGGGUACCAACAGGUUAAAAUAUAUGACUUGUAUUACUAUUGUCACUUUUGUGGAAUAAAUCUGCUCAGAUCCUUUUCAAAAAAAUAUUCCUUAUUAGCCAUGUAUUUUACAAAUGCAAUAGUUCGAAUUUUGAAUUUUGAAAAUAGAAAUAAAGAAAGAAAACAAGAAAUCCCCAAGAGUCUAUUAAACUGAAGACCUUACAAUGCAAAACCUACACUUCACCAAUGUUGUCAUGCAUGAGUUAUGAAAGCUCAGCACCAAAAUCAGCAUCAAAAUCAGCAUCCAAUUAAAGAGCUGCAAAGCCUGUUAAGGGAGAAUACUCCAAGUCAAAAAUACUCUCGAGUUGAACUUUUGUUUCCAAGCAGUUGAUAAUAUUUAAACCCCGCAGCGCUGGGAGGGAUUGGCUUGACUACAAGUGAACAGCUUGUGUUGAACCUCUUAACUGGGUAACUGGGUCAUGAAAUAUAUUUAUAGAAUUUGUUUAUCUCUCAGCAGCCCUUGGUGCAAGCAUCAGUUGUCUGUGUCAAAUUUAGUGUUAUUAAAAUGUUUAUAUGUGAAAUAAAAUAAAUAGAACAAUUGGUGAGAUACUUAAGGGAUGCCUCCAUUAUGAUUUUGAAAUAUAAUGAUACUAACAAUUUAUGGAAAAUGACAUUCUGAAAAAUUGGGCUUCAUAAAUCAAAGCUGUAUGCUGUAUCAAAUUUUACAAAAUAUCUCCGUUGACUGAUGAGUUAAGCAUAUGAUCUUGAAAAUUGUAACUAAACAAAAUAAAAAAAAUUGGGCUUUUCCAGAAUCUAUAUAAGGGGAAAAGCACGACGGCACUUUCUUACACCCUCUUCACUCAGAUAUAUUUCUAGGACCCAAUAUAUCAUGUUAGACCCAACAGGAAAUAUAAGUAAGUGCCUCCCUAAUAUAUUGAAAUAGCCCUUGGGUAGCAGUGUUCAGUAGCGUACGGUGGCCAUGGGUGAUAUUUUUGUACAAUGAAUAAUCCUUGUAAUAUUACAUGUAUCAAAA